GAGCUACAUGAGCGCGUGCUGUUGUUGUAUAUGAAAAUUUAUAUAUAUUGCUUUAAAAAUAUGUAAUUAAUUAAUAAUACUAUUUAUUAUUGCAAAAAAUAAAAAAUAAUUAGAUAAUAACAACAACACUUAAAUUUCACAUCAAUUAUGACACGCGCACGAGCUGAAAACGUUUUAGAAUUGAGCGCCACAACAGCGCGCGUUGGCAUACAGCCACCAAAUUAGAAAUUAAUAAAACACAAAAAAGAAGAACAAUAACAACAAAAUGCAAAAACAACGCACAAAAAUAAUGGAGGUUGGAGGUAGCAUCAAUGCGCGUCAUUUAACUGGCAAAAGCGCGCAGUGCAAGCGAGCGCACAGCAUGCCUACCAAGCUAACGCGCUCUUGCUCUUGCAAAUUAUGGUUGCGAAUUUAUAUUGAAUAAGCAAAAUAACAACAAGACAACAACAGCAAUACGCCGGUGUAUAUAGCAUCAGACAGCGCACGGACAGACAGACAGGAGGACAGACAGCAGCGCGCAAGGUUGUGUAUUUCGUCAGCGGCAUGUCAAAAGUGCAAGCGCACACACACUCACACAUGUAGCUAGCGUGGUUGAGCGCGCUCACCAAACGUAUGAUUGUAGGUGACCGCGUGCUCUUAACGAAUGCGCGCAAUGAGAGCGCUAAGGUGCGCUCGUUAGCAAAAGAAAACUGGCGUACGUUUGCUGUCUGCGAACGCAAUUGAAGAGCGCUUUACGUUAAUAUAUAACGCGAGCGCAGCAACACUGUUGCGGAAAUUCAAGCAUGCUUUGGAGCGCUCACUGCAUUUAAGAGCGCGCUGCCUAUAUGCUGCUGAGCGUUCGCCAUCACCGCGCAUGCUCCAAUUAGAGUAGUGAUGCUGAGCGUUUGUUUGCUAAAGAUGCUUUAACUCUUUAACAGUUUACCUUUGCUUAGUUAAAAUACUCUUAAUUUCAACCCAUGCAAUAUUGAGCGCCCACAGUUGGCUGCUUGUACGCGCGUGUUUUUGCCUCUGUGCCUCUGAGUUUAUGAGAGUGUCGGUCAAACGCUGUGGCAUUGCGGUGAGCGAUCAUGUCAAAUGUAUAGGCCUGUCAGUGUCGAUAGGUGCAGUCAGUGACACAACAUACGUGAGAGUAGAGCGUGUUUCGAUUUUUUUGUUGCUGUGCCGUUGUAUCGUGACUUGCCGUCGUCGUAUUGCCAAUUGACGUGAGACGUAUUUGUAAGUGCGCGUAGCCGAAAUAGUUGCAAAUGCCGUCGCUAUUCGCUAAUGUGCGCGUGUUGUUGUUAAUAAUAUGAUAUUUAGUAAAAAUCGCAUCCGCAACGCGGUGAUUAAGUGAGUGUGAAAUUGAAAUGCAGAGAUACUGGCUGUUAUACUACAGUAGCGUGCAAGUAAACCAGCAGCAACAACAACAACUACAACAAUAGUAAAUUCCACAUACAACUGUGUACUAAGCAGCAGCGUGAUAAAGCAUGCGAACACUUUAAAGACUGAUACAAGCAAAACUAACUAAAAAACAACAAAAACAAAAAAUAUACUUAAAAAAAAACAACUAAAAUUAAUGAAAACUACAGCUGUAAUGCGGCGCAUGUAAAUUUAGUUAAAAACAAAAACAAAUCUAACAAAAAAUGUAGCACAAAACUGCAGAACCUGUUCAACAAAGUAUACGUAAAUGCAACAACAAUAAUAACAGCAUACUAUUUAAUGAAAAAAAAAAGAAUUCUACAAAAAUAUAAAAAUAAAAUAAUUAUUAUUAGUGUAUGAAAAAAAAUAAAAAUAAUUUUUCGAGUCAAUAAACGCUAAUUGUUUAAAAAUAGUGCAAAAAUAAAGAUUUAUGUAAAAUUAAAAAAAAUUAAGAAAAUUAAAAAAAAAAUUAAUUGACACAAAAACAAAAGCAAAAAACUUAAAUGUAGUACACAAGAAGCCCCUUUAAAAGUUACAAAACAAACCAACCCAAUGUAUACGAAUCCAUGCAAUUAAUUAAUUUAAUUAAAAUACAAAUAUUAAAAUAUUUACUUAUAUAUAUAGAUAUAUAUAUAUGAAACAAAAAAGCAUAUUUAAGCUAAUUAAAAUCCAAUUAACUGCUAUUUUAAUUACAAUUAAAUAAAAAAAAUAAAUAUUAAAAUAUAAAAAAUUGCGCAAAAAAUACCAAUUUAAGUAGUUUACCUUACUUAAAAUUAAAAACAAAAGAAAACCUAAAAGCCAAGCAACAAUAAAUCAAUAUUUAUGCAAAUAAAUUAAAUAAUAAAUAUAAUAAAAAAACUCGCAAACAAAAGUGUAUACGUUUCAAGGCAUUGAAGAUAAAUAAUUAAUAAAUAAAAAAAUAAAUAAUUAUAAACACAACAACUCCAAGUAUUUAAAGUUUAAAAAAAAAAAUCCAAAAUAUUAACCCAAUAAGUGCAUCAAAAUCAAAAAUACUACAAUUUGUUGUAGCAUAAAAUCCUACAAAAACUACUUUCGACCCCUCCACGAAAUUCUCCGCCACAAGCCAAAUUGUUAUAUUUCGUUUAUAGAACAGAAAAAAGUAUACAAAGGUUAAGUCUAAUUAAAUAGACAUUAAGUGUGUUUUGCCAACGAAAAUUUGUCUCCAACCAUACCGCCAAAAUUCAGCAAAAUAUAAAUAUGUUGCACGAAGCGCUGAUGCUUGAGAUCUACCGGCAGGCGCUCAAUGCUGGCGCCUUGCCGACAGCACGUCCACGUUCCACAGAGUCGGCCAACUCAAGCGAGCGCUGCCCCUCACACGAUUCCAACUCCUCGGAGAAUGGGCGGGAUAGCCGUGAAAAUGCCAGCGCUGCCGCUGCUAAUGCCGCCGCGGCUGCAGCAGCUGCUGCAAGUGCCGGUAUGCUACCCCUGCCACCCUCCAUGACUGCUACAUUCCCAGCUGUACCUCAGAAUCUACCCGCACAGCCACCAUCAAUGGAGGCAUAUCUGCAAAUGGUUGCAGCCGCCGCACAGCAAUAUGGCUUUCCGUUGGGUGGCGCUGCCGGUCAUCGUUUUCAGUUGCCCUUGCCAGCCGAUGCGUCAGCACAAUUUAAGCUGCCACCACAGGCAUCACCCACCGCUUCCAGUAACAAUUCAGAGGCUUUAGACUUUCGCACAAAUCUCUUUGGACGUGCCGCCUCUGCGGAUCCACCACCAUCUGAGGAGGAUGAAGAGGAUGAGGAAGCAAACGAUGCUAAUAAUCCGCUAGAUCUAUCGGUUGGUACGCGUAAGCGUUCAGCGGAUGGUGAUCAUGAACCGGACUCCGCUAUCGGACAGAUACAAGUGAAGAAGAUAUUCAAAACCGACAGUCCACCAUUGGUCGCGCCACCACCGACGGUGCCCGCUGCACCACUAUUGCCCGCCGUCAAUCCAUAUUUGGCAGCAGUUGCUGCGGCAAAUAUCUUUCGCACCGGACAGUUUCCCGAUUGGAAUGGCAAGAAUGAUUUGGUUGUGGAUCCAUUGGAGAAAAUGUCUGAUAUUGUAAAGGGAUCGCGUAAGGAGAAGUCUUCGCGUUCAUCGUCGAGCACACCCACUACACCGGUUGCCGCGCAGCCACCAACAUCCGCCGCUGCUACAGUCAACACACAAAACUCGGCCACAACACUACCUGCCUCCACCGAGGGCAUGUCCAAGGCACGACACAACAUCUGGCAAUCGCAUUGGCAGAAUAAGGGCGUAGCCAGCUCGGUCUUCCGUUGCGUUUGGUGUAAGCAGAGUUUCUCCACGCUGGAAGCGCUCACCACACACAUGAAGGACAGCAAACACUGUGGUGUGAAUGUGCCACCUUUCGGCAACUUACCGAACACUGAUCGUCACCAUCAGCCACCGCCACCACAGGCGAACAGCGGCCAGCAGCAUUCGCACAACUUACGUAAGCCAGGUGGUGGCGGUUCGCAAUCCAACUCGUCUUCCCAACCCUCCCAAGCGGCCAAAAAUGCGUUCCAAUAUCGCGGCGAUCCGCCAACACCGCUGCCACGUAAAUUGGUGCGCGGUCAAAAUGUCUGGUUGGGUAAGGGUGUCGAGCAAGCUAUGCAGAUCUUGAAAUGCAUGCGUUGUGGCGAGAGCUUCCGUUCGCUCGGCGAGAUGACCAAGCACAUGCAGGAGACACAGCAUUACACAAACAUUCUGUCACAAGAGCAAACGAUCUCAAUGAAAUCCUCCGGUGGCGGUGACUCCAAGGACGGGCACAACAGUUUGAGUUCCGAGGAAAGCCGCACGCUCAGCGCCGUACUGACAUGCAAAGUAUGCGAUAAGGCAUUCAAUUCGCUAGGCGAUCUCAGUAAUCAUAUGGCCAAGAAUAACCAUUAUGCCGAACCGUUGAUGCAGUCCAUGGCUGGUGGCGCUGGCAGUCGCAAGCGUCCGGCACCCAAAAAACGCGAGAAGUCGCUACCGGUUCGCAAACUGCUCGAAAUGAAGGGUGCACAAAAUGACGCAGCCGAAAGCAUGGAGGCCAAGAUGCAACGUACCUACGAGAAUGCCAAACGCAUGCCACUCGAGGGCACCGGUAUCGGACCGGGUAAUGACAAAUCGGAUGCGGCGCUAUUCGCUGAACGCAUGCGUCAAUACAUAACGGGUGUAAAGGUGACCGAUGAUGAAGCAGCCAAGGCUGGUUUAAAUGUUAGCGGCUUAUUGAAUAAAACUAAAUCGCCAGAUUUGGAACCGAAAAAUGGCGCAACCAAGUCGGCCGCGGGCUCUUCGUCAGUGUUGAGCGCUAUCGAACAGAUGUUCACCACCAGUUUUGAUACGCCACCGCGUCAUGCUAGCUUGCCGGCAACAAGUCCAUCUAAUUCAUCGACUAAGAAUACUUCGCCCGUUGCCUCGAGCAUACUCAAGCGGCUGGGCAUUGAUGAGACUGUGGACUAUAAUAAGCCGCUAAUUGAUACAUCAGAUCCAUACUAUCAGCAUUACCGUUACACGAGCAGCGAACGCAGCGGCAGUGAGUGCAGCGCCGAAACGCAUGUCGAGGCCAGAAAGAUGGAUGUGUCUACGCCAGAGAAGCCACCAUCCAACGAAAUGUUGAACUGCAUGGAACCAAAAUCCACUGAAAUUAAACGUGAGCACGAGUCACACAAACAAAAGUCCGAGCAUGGCGAUGUCAUUAUGGAACAAGCACCGCAAAUCAAAAUGGAGAUCAAGUCUGAGAUUGAAGAGGAAGAACGUGGCAAUGAGAGCCCCGAAAAUGGUGGCGGCGGCAAUGAGUCCGCAAUGCAACAUGUCGCCAAUGGCGCUGACUUUUCAAUAACCAACAACAAUAAUAAUAACAACAACAACAAGGAGCGCAGUGUUACACCAACCAAAUCGGUAGGUGCGCUAAGUCCCGUUAUGAAUAAAGUGCUCGCACCACGUAGCCCCACCGAUAGUCAUCGUUCCGUUACACCAAAAUCGCCAGCAUCCAGUAUUAAAUCGUACGAUGGUGAGAAGAAAUAUCCAAGUGAUUCGCUGAACGCACUCUCCUCCAUGUUCGACUCGCUCGGCAGCUCCAGUAAUACCACAACACCGAAUAGUCGCUCACAAGCAUCGGCAAUGGCGUCUUCGUUAAGCAAUAAUAAAAUCGAUUCACCCGAAAAUCUCACCACCUCCAAUUCGCUUGCUGCUUUACGUCAAUUUUGCAUAAAAAAAGAGAAAACCGCUUAAAUUUCAACGUUUUGUUUUUCGUCUCGCGAGAGAGAAACAGAUUUCAAAAAUUUUUUGUUUGCCACCUGACGCCCUGGGUGUUGGGCUUUUUUGUGUACGAGUGGCGCGCUGCGGACGCGUCGUGUGUCCGAAUGCUUUUUACAAGCCGCACUCCGCUAUAAAAAGCUUUACGUGAUGCGGAAGUCGGAUAAAAAAUAUAAAAUCCAAAAAAAAAUCAAAAAAUUCCAAAAAAAAAAAAAUAAAAUGAUAAUAAAUUUCAAAAAAAAAACAAAAAUCUGAGUGUGCGACUUUCCACAGCACUGCUUCAAACUACAAACCGAAGAGUGGGAUAUGGUGAGAUAACAAAGACUCCAAGGAAGACUAUUCGAUUCUUCAAAGUUUGAAAGCUGCUUUGAGGAAUGCGUCUACAAAACAAGGAAACCAAAACGAGCACGUGUGUUAAAGACAAAGAGCGACAGAGAGAAAGAGACAGAGGUAGAGCAAAAAGUACGUAAAUGAGUCCAACCGCGAAUUAUGGGCGGGCUCCUGUGUGGCCGAACGAAUACUUACUUAGUUAUGCUGUGAUCAUUGCUAAGUAACGGGAAUACUCACCGUGUACGGCACGGAACGAGGGGUUUUCUCUCAACAACAGCAAGCUUAUACGGACAGUGAGCGCACAGCAGCAGUGAGGGAGCAAACAACUAUUUACAACAAAAACAAUAAAUUAAUGACGACGAAAUUUAUUGAUCGUAUAGAAAUCAAUAUGAAAUAACUUUAAAUGACCGAGGCAAAUGCAAUAAUUAUGCAGCCCCGCCGACACAAUUCGAGUUAAGAACUGUUAGGAGCCGCAUUGAAAACGAAGAAAAUAUUGGAUCGAUCACUUCUUAUGGAUUGUGUAUGCGCGUCGAUUCCCUGAUAUAACUGAAAAAAUCUCAAUACAUGUGGCCCAGGUGCUGUGAGAAUGGAUAUUAAGGCUGAGAGGAAGAGCUUAUUUACAGCGGGAUCGCGCCAUUAGUGAGUUCGCGCGCUCGGUAGCUUUUUAUUAUAUAAAGAAAAGCAGAGGAAAGUUACCAACAAUAGAAAGCUGUGUCGCCGAUCAGACAGCAACAGAGCCGAACUUACUGCGAAAGCUGCGACAGAGCAAAAGUACAAGAAAAAGCUCAGAGGAAUGUUGCGAAAGUUCUCAACAACAAAAGCGUGUAUACGAGAGAGAAGAAGGGCUUAAAAAGGAAAGACGCGCUUUAUAAGAGCUUAGGGAGCUUUUUAAAGAGUUUAGAGAGCUUUCAUGAAAGCUUAAGAGCUUUUGUUGUAGCUUUUCAAAGAACGUAACCAGCUUUUAUUGAUAAUUAUCACAAAAAGCUCUUAGGAAUGCUAACAACAAAACCAGUCAUCAGUUUGAACGCGGCAGAUCCUGAACUUGAGCGCAGCACCAAAACAAAAAAUAAUAAUAACAACAAAAACUAAGCCCUUUUAAGGGCUACAUAUCAAAAAACAAAGAGAUCGAAAUUUCUAUAUACAUUUAGUGUUGCCACUCGCUUGAUAUUAGUAGCGCCAAUUUUACCGACGGCAAAUCAAAUUGC